AUGGUCGAUUCUGAGUCUGUAAAGUCUUCUUACCCGAAAAGUAUAACGACCUCGGCUCAAGAUGAUAGGGGUAGCAUGGAGAAAAAGCAAAGUGUACAGCAGAGAGUCGAUAGUUUUGAGUCGGGAGAGGUAGAAACUGUCAUUGACAAAAACAUCGAAAAAAGUGCACUGAAAAAAAUGGACCUUGUGAUUUCACCCAUCAUUGGUUUUUUGUAUUUAAUGGCCUUUUUGGACCGCUCCAACAUUGGCAACGCUUCUGUCGCUGGUAUGAGCGACUCCUUAAAACUUUAUAAUGAACGGUUUAAUGUUGCCAUUAGUAUCUUUUAUGUCCUGUAUAUUCUUGUCGAAACACCCAGCGUCAUUCUGGUAAAAUACGUACGACCUUCUCGAAUGCUUGCCUUUAUUUCAUUGGCAUGGAGUAUUGUGGUCCUAAGUUCUGGAUUCGUUUCUAGUUAUGGUGGUCUCAUCAUCACCCGUCUUAUUCUCGGUUUGUUGGAGGGUUGCUUGUUUCCUGCCCUCAGUCUUUAUUUGACCACUGUUUACUCGAGAGAAGAACAAUGCCAACGUCUAUCAUAUUUGUUUUGCGCAUCUGGUUUAGCCGGCGCCUUUGGUGGCCUUUUUGCUUAUGCUCUCGAACAGGUCCAUGUGGGAAAUAUGGCUGGAUGGCAAUGGAUAUACAUUGUGGAAGGCCUGAUUUCUUUUAUAGGUGUUCCACUUUCCCUCUUUUUGCUGCCGGACAAUAUAGAGAAAUCGUGGUUCUUGAAUCCGCAAGAAAGACAAGUUGCUCGUCUUCGCAACGAAGCGAAUUUACGAUAUCUCGGCCAACAAAAGUUUGAUUGGCAAGAAGUUCGUAAAUCAUUCAAAGAUCCCAAGAUUUAUGUAUCUGCUGUUAGUCAGUUUUGCGCAGAUAUGGUUUUGUAUGGCUUUUCCUCCUUCUUACCAACCAUUGUUAAAGAUUUGGGAUUCACGGGUCUUCAGUCAAAUUACAUGACAAUCCCUGUCUAUGUCUCCGGUGUCCUUGCCUUCCUUGUGGUUGCUUAUGCCUCUGAUCGUACAAAAAUUCGUUCGCCCUUUUUAAUCAGCGCUUCCCUCGUUUCAGCUGUCGGCUACGUUAUCCUCAUAGCAAGUAAUUCGAAUGCAGCCAAGUUUACAGCUUGUUUUAUUGUCGCCAUCGGUUGCUAUAUAGGUCCGGGAAUGAAUUUAGGUUGGCUCAAUAACAAUGUUGCAGGACAUUACAAACGAGCAACCGCAAUAGGAAUUCAACAAACCAUAGCCAAUAGCUCCGGUAUCAUUGCCGGGCAAAUUUAUCAAUCCAAAAGUGCUCCUCGAUAUAUCCUGGGUCAUUCCUUUACGCUGGGUUGCGUUUUGGUAGGAUUAAUCGGUUACAUCGUCUUACUCUUUUCAUUGAGAUAUGCUAAUAAUAAGCGUGACGAACGAUGCGCUCGUGGUAUGUUUGAUCCCACCUUGACUGGUGAUUAUGCUGAUGACUUUCGUUACUUUUUAUAG